AGUGCGCAACUUGUGGAUCUGCGACUCACUAUCCGUGUUUAACACCCACUCGGGCAGUUUUUGUUGUAAAAAUGCAGAUAAUCGACGCGCUUCCAGUCACUCCACGGACCUGACUUUGUGCGUAAAUACGCAUCCGAUCCCGUUUCCUUCCAUUUUCCUUCACGGCAUUUCGCAGCGUCACCAUGUCCGAGGGCGGCAGCGGCUCGAACGGCAGCCGUCUUCCCGCUGCGGAGGGCGGCAGCGUCAGCGUCCUAAGCUGGGAGCAAGUGCAGCGCCUGGACGCCAUACUGACGGACACCAUCCCCAUCCACGGACGGGGGAACUUCCCCACGCUGCAGAUGCAACCCCGGCAGAUUGUCAAAGUGGUGCGCAGCAGGAUGGAAGAGAGGCAGAUCCGCGUCCGGGACGUCCGGUUAAACGGGUCCGCGGCCAGCCACAUUCUGCACGGAGACAGCGGACUGGGCUUCAAAGACCUCGACCUCAUAUUCUGCGCAGACAUGAAAGGAGAAAGUGACUUCCAGAUAGUGAAGGACAUUGUUCUGGACUGUCUCUUGGACUUUUUACCUGACUGCGUAAAUAAAGAGAAGAUUACACCUUUGACUUUAAAGGAAGCCUACGUGCAGAAGAUGGUGAAGGUGUGCAACGACUCGGACCGCUGGAGCCUCAUCUCCCUCUCCAACAACCGGGGCAAGAACGUGGAGCUGAAGUUUGUGGACUCUCUGCGCCGUCAGUUCGAGUUCAGCGUGGACUCCUUCCAGAUCAAGCUGGACUCCCUGCUGCUCUUCUACGAGUGCUCGGAGAACGCCAUGACCGCCACGUUCCACCCCACCAUCAUGGGCGAGAGCGUGUACGGCGACUUCGGCCAGGCCCUGGACCACCUGCGCCACAAGGUCAUCUGGACCCGCAACCCGGAGGAGAUCCGCGGCGGCGGCCUGCUCAAGUACUGCCACCUGCUGGUGCGGGGCUUCCAGGCCGCCUCGGAGUCGGAGAUGAAGUCGCUCCAGCGUUACAUGUGCUCGCGCUUCUUCAUCGACUUCCCCGACAUCGGCGAGCAGCAGCGCAAGCUGGAGUCCUACCUUCAGAACCACUUCGUGGGCCUGGAGGACCGCAAGUACGACUACCUGAUGACGCUCCACGGCGUGGUCAACGAGAGCACGGUGUGCCUCAUGGGACACGAGCGGCGGCAGACCUUGGGGCUCAUAGCCAUGCUGGCCGUGCGGGUCCUGGCCGAGCAGAACGUCAUCCCCAACGUGGCCAACGUCACGUGUUACUACCAGCCCGCGCCGUACGUGGCGGACGGCAACUUCAGCAACUACUACAUAGCGCAGGUGCAGCCCAUGUUCGCCUGCCAGCAGCCGGGCUACUCCACCUGGCUGCCCUGUAACUGAGCCAGCACGGAGCCCAGGCCCGGCGGAAGGGGGGAAGAACUCUGCAUUUUUCCACAAACGUUUUUGCAUCCAAGCUUGUGUUUGUGUUCAUACGCCGAGUAUGAAUGCAUGCGGUUCAAGCACAUCAUUCAAUGUGAAUAAAAAAAUUCUCAAAAGGGCCUUCAGAGCGCACGUGUGGGACUGCGCCCGGCAAUCAGGAGCCCAUUAGUGCACGAGCACUCUGAACCCGCAUCUCCUUUUGCAUUUGGGUAUACACAUGGUUGUUACAGACCAAAGAUUUUAGAUUCUUUACAAUAAAACCCUGUUUUUAAGGGGGGAAUUAAGUGCAAAGCUCUAUACUAUCUAUGUGUGUGUUUAAGUGCCUAUUACCCCUCAGACUGAGCAUGCAGGCCAUAGGGGUCAUUUGUCAUGUGAAUUGGCACCACUUUUCUUUACAGUCUGAGAGCGAUGGUGCACAGGUUGGUGUGUGCAGACGUUUUUAUGUGGAACUGACAAAAACAUAAAUGCAGGGGGCGGUUAGAAAAUAUUUGGAUUUGUCUGCAUGGUGGAAAAGUUAAGUUAAAGUUAAAGCACCAAUGAUUGUCACACACACACACACACUAAGUGUAGUGAAAUUGGACCUCUGCAUUUGACCCAUCCCCUUGUUCGCCCCCUGGGAGGUGAGGGGAGCAGUGAGCAGCAGCGGUGGCCGCGCCCGGGAAUCAUUCUUGGUGACUUAACUCCAAAUUCCAACCCUUGAUGCUGAGUGCCAAGCAGGGAGGUAAUGAGGUUUAAACUCACGACCUACCCAUCUCAGGGCGGACACUCUGUAACCACAAGGCCACUGAGCAGAUUAGGAACAGGGGUUAGUGCAUGUGCCUCACAAUACAAAAGGUCCUGGGUUCGAUCCCCGGGCUCGGGGUCUUUCUGUGUGGAGUUUUCAUGUUCUCCCCGUGACUGCCUGGGUUCCCUCCGGGUACUCCGGAGGGAACAUGCACCUGGGGAUAGGUUGAUUGGUAACACUAAAAUGGUCCCUAGUGUGUGAAUGUUGUCUGUCUAUCUGUGUUGGGCCUGCGAUGAGGUGGCGACUUGUCCAGGGUGUACCCUGCCCAUACCGCCCGAAUGCAGCUGAGAUAGGCUCCAGCAGUCCCCCUGCACCCCCGAAAGGGACAAGCAGUAGAAAAUGGAUGGAUGGAUGCACUAAAUUGGCCCCAGUGUGUCAAUUUGAGUGUGAAUGUUGUCUGUCUAUCUGUGUUGGCCCUGCGAUGAGGUGGCGACUUGUCCAGGGCGUACCCCGCCUAUACCGCCCGAAUGCAGCUGAGAUAGGCUCCAGCAGUCCCCCUGCUCCCCCGAAAGGGACAAGCGGUGGAAAAUGGAUGGAUGGAUGCACGUUGGUAUGGUUCCCACAUGUCCGUAUGCAAAUCCACACACCUUUGUUUAUGUGGUCCUUGGCGCUCCAAACACCAUACAGUAGUAACCGGGGAUGACAAACGGCGAGUGUGCGCGCGCUUCUACGUUUCCCGCUUGAAGAAUGUUUGCCGCGACACCUCAAGAUGACGAGACUUAUUUGCUGUAGCACCCUGACCGGGAAUUCCUCAGCCGCUGCUCAAGAGCUGCUAGUUUAAGCUUGCCUCUCUGAGAACACCAAAGUUUGUUUUUUUUGGUGACCGGCUGGUAGCCUUUAUGUUGAUAGGCCGGACAUUUGUGGCGGUAAAACACCUACCAUGUGUUCUUUCAUGUACUUAGGGGUGCAGGAAACAGACAGAAGUGAGACAUUAUUAAAAAAAAAUAAAAUAAAAGGCAGAAGGAAGGAAAUGGGAGAGAUGGGUGCAGCUGGUGAUGGGGUUGAUCUCUCCAGGGCUACCAAGCAUGAUUCUGAUUUUACAUCUUAAGGACUUUUUUUUUUCUUCUUUUUUUUCUUUUCUUUUUUUUUGUCAUCUAAAAACAGUCGUUGCUGUGACUUGUUGGAAAAGGCUCCAUUCUUUGUACAUAUAUGAAUACAUGCUUCAGCUUUGCCAAUUCCACUUCACGCUGCAGCCUCUCCUGCUGGUAUGUAAACAAAGUGAGUCACGACUUUUGAAGAGCAGAACCAAGCCUAAACUGCAAUAUUUCCUUUAUCAUCCUUUUUAGCCCACAUACUUCUUCUCAGUGAUCGUCUUUGUUGAUGGAAACCUUUGGAUUGUGCGGGCGUCGUAUUGCCUUUUUUUUGUUGCUGUUUUUGCCGAAGUCUGUUAGUGAUUGUGCCUAUCAAUUAGAGAUGGUGGAUUGUCUCAUACACUUCAUGUUCCUCAUGGUGCAGUCUUUUACAAAACACACAGGGAAAAGAAAAAUGAAGAUCCUUGUCUUGUAUGUCUAUUUUUAUGAGUGUUAUGUUUUUUUUUUUUUUAAAUAUCUAUAAAUGUAACAGAGGCUGCACUUGUUGCAGCUCUCUGGAAUCUGUGAUUGGGCUUCGAUGGAUUUCGUUCUCAAUAGCUUUUAGCUAUGUAAUGUCACCUGUCCAAUGGGCCAGAAGAUGUUUUCAUCAAUAAAACAUAUGAAAAUCACUCCAGAUGUCUCAUAUUAUGCCAGGAGCGUCAAACUCAUUUUAUAUCAGGGGCCACAUGGAGGAAAAAUCUACU